UACGUGUAAUUAUACACUUGAAGCCAAUAAAAGUUUUGACUUCUCUUUCUUCAUGAAAUCUGUCCAAGUUCAUGGCAAUUCACUCUCAUUUUCUUAUGCGUGUCAAAACCCAGAUAACUUGAUUUACAAUUGUCUAAAUUCUUCAUCUUCUUCUAUGACUCACAUGUUAAGAAAUUCCUAUAAAUAGCCAUUGAAACUCCAAUGUUCUUCAAGCUAAAAACCAAUUAAUAUUCUGAUUGUAUUUAAUUACAAGCUUAAUUUGUUUGCCCUCUCUAUUUAUUUCCUUGAUUUUUCACCAUUAAUGGAUACCCAUUUUCUCUCUCCUCCAUUCUACCACCGCGGAGCCACCCAUUGGCCGCCGCCGAGCCACCACCUUCUGCCGUCAAAUCCAGCCACCACCUCCAACUCGGUGCCACCUGCUUCCUGUUGCCGAGUCCACCUUGCCGGCAACAUCUCUGGUUGAUGUUGCACCGUGUUGUUGCUGCUAUUAUGCCUUCAAUUGUCUCUUAUUAUGUAAGCUUCUUCCAAUCUUCCCUGCUUCUUGGUUCCAAGUUUCCAAAAAUCCAAAUUACGGAGUAUAAUAUGAGGUCUAAAUAUAUGUUAAAAGCCCAUUUUAUUGUUUUCUAAAAGCCCAAAAGUUUCUUAAUUCCUACUGUUACACGUUUCUUAUUCAUUUGAUACCAAAGUUUUAAAUUUUAUUUUACAAAAGUUAAACUAAGAUUUCUACCAUUACUCAUUUACUCCAUAAGGAGCACCAUUUAUAAAAAGGGUUGACUACUCUUAAGAGUAUGUGGUAUUUUGGAUACAUGUGUUAUAUUUUGGAUACAUGUGUUUUAUUAAGUUGCUAACGAGUGAUAAUUCUAUUGUUAUGAUUCUAUUACGGGGAAUUGAGAAUGGUUAAAAGUGAUGGAACUUAUGAAAUAUCGUUACCGGAGCCUAAGUAAGCAGUUAAGGAAAAACAAUCGAGGUAAUUUUUAUGUCCAGCGCUUAUGUAUAUGCUCGUAUAAUGUUUUAAGGUGUAAUCUUUAUGUCCAUCAUUUAUGUUUAUGCCCGUAUGUGUAUUAUGUGAGACUAUAUGAUUAUUAUGUGAUUUAUGUGCUAAUGACAUGAUGUAUGAUUUAAAUUUUAUAAGUACGAUUAUGAUAAUAUUUUAUUAUUUCAUGAUGUUAAAAACGUUGUUCGGGAAUAAUUAUGAUAUUUAUAAAGUUAUUUUAAAGAAAGACGAUAUUGUUUUUGUCAGCAUGGAUAAGUGAACUAAACUAGUAAAUGGGCAAGUUACAGGUGGAGGCAAGUUAAAGUCAAAGUCAAAGUUAAAGUUAAAGGGAAACUGUUCCCCCCUAAAUGAUGUAAGAAAAGUCCCGCCAAAGUCUGUACUUGCCAAUGAGCUGUAAAGGAAAUGAUUCCUUGCCAACACAGUUUUCAAGACAACGAGAUUAAGUUAGUUAUUUCCGAACAAUAAAUGCUAAUGAUUGAUAUGUGCAAAAUGAUUUUCAAAAUAAAACCGUUUUGACGGGCUGGAGUAGUAUUACUGAGUUUUCCACUCAUUUUUGGAAUUUUUCUGUGUUUUUUUUUCCUGUUUUCUAUUCAUAUGACGAUGUACAGGUUUGAUUAAGGAGCUCGAGUUGCUCAAGUCAAAGUUAUUACUGGAGUCGGUACUUUAUUAUGGAGAUUUUGAGACGAGAAAUUAUUUAUUAUGGAAAUCCUAUUAUUGGGUUUUUUAUUAUGAGAAUAAAGAAUUAUAUUUAUUUUGGGAAUAUUGUAUUAUUUGUGGAAUGUUAUUAAGGAUUAUUUUAUUUGUGGGCCCAUAACCCACAGGUACCAAGAUUAUUUUAUGCCUAAUUCCGUUACUAAUGAUCAGUUAAGUACGAUUAUUACCGAUAAUUAAGGUACCGAAAAGUCGGAGCGUUACAGAAAGGCUCUCCACUUUUCUUUUGAGCUAGGUUAUAUUGACAUGGUGAUAUAGAUUUUAUGGACAAAUGUCUAUUUUGGUGUUCGUGGGAACAAGAAGAAGAAAUGAAACUAAUUAAGGUAUGCUCUAGAAGUCAUGUACCAGUGAAAAAACAUGAAUCCUGGGACAAAGAUUUGCCUCCAAACUCAAGAUUUUCGCAUCAUAAAUCCAAGUUUGAAAUUGAGAAAAAAUGUAUGCGUUACUGAACUUGAUUUCUUAGUCUCAGACAAUAAGAAAAUUAAGGUGUUAGCUUUAAAAUUGAAUAACUUCAGCUUCACUCACAUAAGAUUUCAUUGAAAAGGGUUUGUUUUUGGCCUUUUGCUCACCUAAGGUGCCUUGUCUUUCUGGAUGAGGCCCGAACUUAUUGGAUACCUACACUAGUGGAAAAAACCCCUGUUGUAGCCCCCUUGUUGAGGGGGGCAUAUAUAAGUGAGCCUCAAUAACCCCUUAGUCAACGCGGGUCAAAAGUUUAAGCAUGUGGUUGGGGCGGGCUUUUGUUAUGUUCGCUUCUACAGAACCUGUUGAAGGGGGCUUUAAGUUGCCCGCCUCAAUAGGUAGUAUUCUAAAGGGGCGGGCUUCCCGUUGUUCGCUUCAAUAGAUAUUCACAAAAUUUUAAAUCAACUGAAACACACCGCCAAAGAGAUAACACACAAUCCCCAAAUCUGUAUUCGAAGCAAGAACCUUCCACCGCUCCUCACCGCGCGCUCCUCACCGCUCCUCACCUCCUCUUCACCGCGCGGCUCCACCACCACCACCACCUUCCUCGCCUCCUCUUCCAUAACAGUCGCCGCCGACCGUCGUCUUGCCUAUCUCGGUUGACUCUGUUUAACACAGUGACGCAAUAUAUCAAGGUUAGUUUAUAAUUGAUUCUUGUUUUGCUUGGUCUUAAAAUUCAGUUUCUCUUCAAUUAGUUGAGCAUAAUGAGUUGAUUAUGCAGAGAAUUUAGGCUAAUGUUCUAAUAUUGGAUGAAUUUACAAAUUAGGGUUUGAUAUUUAUGGUUUGGAUGUUUUGGAUGUUUUCCCCCACCAGAUGUGUGAGGAUUUGAUUUUUAAAUUGGUUGGUCAUGAGCUUGAAGAUAUAUCUAUACUCGAUAUUAAGCCUUGGGUAAUGCAUGCUGAAGUUGCUGAGAAGUUUUUGUCCUUUGAAAACCAAGUUUUUCUAGCUGGUGAUGCCGCUCAUCGUUUUCCUCCAGCCGGUGGAUUUGGCAUAAUUACUGGGAUUCAGGAUGCUCAAAAUCUUGCUUGGAAGCUGGCUGCAGUUGUCAACGAUUGCCAUAUUUAACACUGCACUCAGUGUUCAGAACUUCAGAGCAGCCAUGGAAGUCCCUGCUGCCCUUAGACUUGAUCCUACAGUUGCAAAUUCAGGUGCUCAAACUUCAAUUGACUCGACAUUCCCAACCAACUACUUUUAACUUCCUUAUUCGUCAUUUUUCUAUUGUUGUUAGUCACAUCUCAUCAGUUG